AUGGGGAGGCUGGCAUGGCGAGCCAUUGUGAUGCAGCUCUUUGCAGCUCGCCCAGUCUCGCUCAUCGCUCGGCGGGAGGAUGAGAAGACAACUGACAUUUCUCUAGGGUGGAGGCGGCCGCGGAUUGAGCACGUCGUGUGGAGAGGGUUGCGGUUCUAUUCCACCAUCCCGCCUUUGGGUACUGCCUGGGGAUGGGGCCAAGCAACCACCUCCCGCCUUUGUCGUCUGCGCUUCGGUUCGUCCACUAUGUGGUGCGUUCCCCGGCGUGGAUUGUCAACGGUUGGGGAGGGUGCGCGGGAGGUCGUAGCUCGGGUGGCUUCGUACGCAGAGGGCGACGUUGUCACCGCCUUCGCGCUUCGCUGA